AUGCGCCCAAUUUAUUGUUCGCUUCAGGGAAGGAAACAUGGCGGCGUCCCUGAUUUGUGGCCGAUUUUCGGCUAGCCUGAGAAAUUCUGGGGCCAGAUCGACACUUACCACUGCAUCCAAGGUGCUGGGUGGUUCCUCUGGACUGCUUGGGCCUCAGCAGCAGUCCCCCCACCUGCAGCAGCAGCAGAGGAACCUCUCCCUGCACGAGUACAUGAGCAUCGGUCUGCUCAAAGAGGCUGGCGUCUGUGUGCCCGAGGGCAAGGUGGCCAGCUCACCCGAUGAGGCCUACUCUGUUGCCAAGGAGAUUGGCACCAAGGAUCUGGUGGUGAAGGCCCAGGUGUUGGCUGGAGGCCGAGGCAAAGGCACAUUCGAAGGAGGCCUGAAGGGAGGAGUGAAGAUUGUUUACUCGCCAGAGGAGGCCCGGGACAUCUCCUCUCAGAUGAUUGGCCGUAAGCUGUACACCAAGCAGACAGGCGAGCAGGGCCGUAUCUGUAACCAGGUGUUCAUCUGUGAGCGCAGGUACCCCCGUAGGGAGUACUACUUCGCCAUCACCAUGGAGAGAUCCUUCCAGGGCCCCGUGUUGAUUGGCAGCUCUCAGGGGGGUGUGAACAUUGAGGAUGUGGCGGCGGAGAAUCCCGACGCCAUUGUGAAGGAGCCAAUCGACAUCAUGGAUGGAAUCAAGAUGGAACAGGCGGUUUCGAUUGCCACGAAGAUGGGCUUCCCUGCUGCUCUGAUCGGCGACGCAGCGGCUAACAUAAUCAAGCUGUACAACGUCUUCAUGAAGUACGAUGCCUCCAUGCUAGAGAUAAACCCCAUGGUGGAGGACGCCUCUGGCCAGGUGAUGUGUAUGGACGCCAAGAUAAAUUUUGACUCCAAUGCGGCGUAUCGCCAGAAGAAGGUGUUUGACAUGCAGGACUGGACCCAGGAGGAUGCCAGGGACCGACAGGCAGCCAAGGCUGACCUAAACUACAUCGGCCUGGAUGGAUCCAUCGGCUGUCUGGUAAAUGGGGCUGGUCUUGCCAUGGCCACCAUGGACAUCAUCAAGCUGCAUGGUGGCACUCCCGCCAACUUCCUGGACGUGGGGGGCGGAGCUACAGCCCACCAGGUGAUGGAGGCCUUCAAACUUAUCACCUCCGACAGGAAGGUGCAGGCCAUCCUGGUGAACAUCUUCGGUGGCAUCAUGAGGUGUGACAUCAUUGCUCAGGGCAUCAUCAUGGCUGUUACAGACUUGGACCUGAAGAUCCCCAUUGUGGUACGGUUACAAGGAUCCAGAGUGGACGAUGCCAAAGCUUUGAUCGCUGCUAGCCCACUGAAGCUCCUGGCCUGUGACGAUCUGGACGAGGCCGCUAGAAUGGUUGUAAAGCUUUCUGAGAUUGUGUCGUUGGCUCAGGAGGCUCAUGUGGACAUCUCCUUCCAGCUGCCACUCUAAGCCACGCCCCCUAAACCUCGACACCCCACCCCCAACCUUUCGAACAGCAAGAAGAGCCUCUCACUACUGAGCGAAUACUCCAAUACAACACGGCCCACCAACUUCUCUGUUAGUUCUGAUUCUCUCUCUGUGGCAAGGCUCCAAAAUACACAUGUGCAUACACACCACUAAUGUGGGAAUUUUUGCUCUCCUAAUCUCGACUUUCCUCCCUCUCUGUUUUGUUAUGUAUGCCAUGGCUAGUGUGUAUUGUCUGUUCAAAUGCAACACAUUAACAUGCUUUUUAGAUCAGACACGGGGGCGUUCCUUCAGAUUAUUCCAUUAUUACUCGCUCUGUUUUCACAAUGAUUCCUAGUUACUUCCUCUUCCCCCACCUCUCUCCUUCAGCUCCCAGAAUGCCUAGCUCUAGUCAUAAUGCACAACCCCCCCAACCUUGCUCGUUUCUUUGAGAGGGUGAUAGAGCUAUCUAUUUACCGGUACAUUUUGGGAGAAUUUCUGCUGUCUGUAAAGGUACAGCUAAUUCCCCUUAGGCUUCAUUCUCCUGGAUCACUUGGCUAGAGAGAGUUAUGUCGCUGUCAGUCAUAGUCCUCUCCCCUUUAAAUCUCUUCCAUCUGCCCCUACAGGAGAGGCUUUUACUGAGUGCUUCUGAGAAUGAGAGAUGAGAUGGGGAAGUUGGCCACUAUGCAGAAUGUAGCUCAUCAGAAGCUAGGGGAUAACACUUGAGCUUAUACAUUGCUGUUAGGAGGACCUCCUUAUGUCACUCAUUUAAUUUCCAUGCAAUUUUGAAUGCAUAGCUGGAUAAAAGCUUUCUAGUACUCUCGUUUUGAACUAGUAAGAGUUCAAUUCUUUGUGUGUGUUAUCAAAACUACUACCUAUCUGGUUGUCAGCAUGUUUGUGUAUUUGUCUCUUCCUUCCCUUCACUCUCCCCUAUAAGAGCCUGCUACAGUGUGUGUUGUCUGCCACUAUGUCAUGGGGAAAACCUUCAUAUGACAACACAAAUGGGUGUGUGCAGUGUCCUCUCAACUAAACUGUUAAAAGAUUGUAAUUAAGUCCUCUCCAUAUCUCUCUCUCCAUUUCUAUCUCUCUGUUACUCCCUAGCCCUCAGAACACAGAAACAGUUAUUGUGAGUUGUCAAGACAUUUAUUAUAUCUUGUAAAUAACGAGACCGCCGUUAUCUUCUGUAAAAUAUUUAUGCUUCUCUUGGGGAGUAAAAAAAAGAAAAAAGAAAUGUUUCUUUUAGUUUUGUUGCACUUGUACGGUACUUACAAUGUGAAAGUUGUCUGCAUCUCGUAUAGGCUGUUUGGCAACAAAUGACAACAAAAGCAACAGAGGAAUUCCUAAAGCACAAAUAAAUAUAAAGACCAGGCUCAUGUGAUGCCAAAUUAGGUUCUAUACUGUGAGACAUUAGCAUAAGUGUUAGAUUCUUACAUUUUCUACAUGCCAGACAGUACAUGUAUUUCAGUUACAUAAUAAUAAGUCAUUUUGGGUUCUAUUCUAACCAAUGGACGAUAAAGUUGUAUUCUAUUCCAUCUCCUAAUCCACUGUGGAUACGUACUAUGUUAAAAGUCUAAAAACAGGAUCGUGUCAGAGCAGGGUUACCUCCUGUUGCCAGCACCGUCUGUCUCUGUAUGGCACAUGUGGACUGUGGCAUUGGUUUUGACACGCUUCAAGGAUACAUUCGCCUUGAGCAUCCUUGAAGCCAGGGCCCACAGAAUAUCAGGAGCUAAAGGCUGUGACCCAGUGGGUUAUCGCUGUGUGGGUGGACUGAGUUGGUAUACACUGUACUGUAAUAAGGUCUUGUGGGUCGCAAGGUGAUGGGAGUUUGAUUGCUGGAGACGAUAUUUUGCUUUAAGUACGUAACCGCCCCGUUGGAUCCUUUUCCCCAGAGCUGAAGAUUUGAAUCACAUUCUGCGCAAGUGUUUCUUUACCUCUACUUUACUCACACGUUUUUGUGGUGACCCUCCCUUCACAUUUCUCCCUGUCGAUCGUGAAUUAUAAUUAUUUGUUUUACCAGUGAAACGCCCAUUCAGCAUCUGAACGCCAACCAUUUGAUCUCAGUUUCAUGGAGUUAUGCAUUUAGAUCUUGAGUUGUAUAGUGUUGUUUAGAAGCAGUCCACAGUUUUCUGAAUGAUGUUCAGUAAAUACAUUUUUAGAGCAGAUGGUAUUAAAACGGUAGCAUACCUUCUGCUUUGUUUCUAUCAAAGCACAUAUUUGGCCUAGUGUUAUUCUCUGAGUUUUGGCCACGAGAGAGAAAUACAAUCAUUCGCACAAUCA